GGGGCCAAGUAAAUUUGUUUAUCGUGCAUAUUGUUACAUAGGACAGUGUAAAAAUAAGUAGGUAUGCUCCAAAGCUCAAACGACGUCGAUCAUUCGGUGCUUAGUAGACACACGUGACAUGUGCACUUUAUUUUUAGUUAGUCUCCUUGUUUCUGUAAUCGUUUUAGCCCUAACGUAUAUGGUUAAUAUCUUCAAGAGGCCGUCGAAUUAUCCACCAGGUCCUCCUUGGACACCUAUACUAGGUAAUGGACCAGAGCUAAAGAAGCUAUCGAAGGCCCUUGGUGGUCAACACUUGGCCUUUGCAAAACUAAGUGAACAGUAUGAAACGGAUGUGCUAGGACUGAAGCUGGGAGGGGAACUCGUUAUUGUGGUUACUUCCUAUUGGACGGCUAGGGCAGUGCAACUGUCUGAGGACUAUGAAGGUAGACCGAAGAAUUUUUUCAUGAAACUGAGAUCUGCAGGAACUGAAAAAGGUAUAACUGGUACUGAUGGAGAACUAUGGCGCAUCCAGAGAAACUUCGUGAAAAUUCACCUCAGAAAACUCGGUUUCGGGAAAAAAUCCAUGGAACAGAAAAUUCAAGACGAAGCUUCCGAGAUCCUGACCUUACUUCAAGAAAAUGAAGGAAAGUCGAUUCAAACGAGCCCUAUCCUGGCGAUAUCGGUGCUAAAUAUCAUAUGGGCGCUUAUCAGCGGUUCGAGACUGAGACGUGAUGACCCCCAACUCGCCAGGCUCUUGUACCUGUUCGACUUGCGUUCUGAGGCCUUCGACAUGGCAGGAGGUCUCCUGAACCAGUUCCCGUGGCUCAGGCUGAUCGCCCCGGAGAAGUCUGGGUACCGGCUCAUCGUGCGGAUGAACGACGAGCUCAGAGCGCUGAUGAGCACGGCGAUCAAAAGGCACCACGAGACUUGGACGGAGGGCAGGGAGGACGAUCUGAUCUAUUCUUUCAUCAGCGAGAUGAGGAAGGCCGAUGGCAAAGAGACUACUUUUACAGAUGAUCAGCUGAUAAUGGUUUGUCUCGAUUUGUUUUUGGCUGGAUCUCAAACAACAAGUAACACCAUAGAUUUUGCAUUACUGAUGAUGAUUCUGCAUCCAGACAUUCAAAAUAAAGUACAUUCCAGCUUGAGUGACGAAUUCGGUAAAAAUGAAGAAAUCAAUUUCAGUGAUAGAAAUAGAGUUCCUUAUGUUGAAGCGGUGAUAUUUGAAGUCGAGAGACUCUACCAAGUCGUACCAAUAAGUGGACCAAGACGGGUAUUGAGAGACACAAAAUUGAAAGGUUACAGUAUCCCUAAGGAUACAACAGUAUUAAUUAGUUUAUAUUCAUCACACAGUAGCGAAGAAUUCUGGAAAGAUCCAGAAGUUUUCAGACCUGAAAGGUUUUUGGAUGAAAAUGGAAGACUGUCCAUUCCUGAUAGGCUAAUGACAUUUGGUUUAGGUAAAAGGAGAUGUCUAGGAGAAAUCUUAGCCAAAACUUCAAUAUUUUCAUUUUUCUGCACAAUCAUGAGAAAUUACCGGAUAUCAUCUCCGUCGGAUUGUGAAAAGCCUACUGGAAGACCUAUUCCAGGGAUCACCUUCAAAGCCGAAAAAUACAAAGCUGUGUUCACAAAGUUAUGAAAGACAAUGUAUAUAGAUCAUUUAUAUGUAUAAGUAAUAUAUACGGCUGAUUCUUGUUUGUUGGU